UUGUCAUUAUUUCCCGAAAAAAUUGCUUUGCGGUUGGACACGAAGCGUUAAUAUUUUUUAAAUAAAAUUGGCGAUUUAAGCCAUAAAAUACCAUUUAAAGAGUGAAAAGUGCUGUGGACAGUUAUUUUGUGAUAUAAAAUGCCAGUGGAUCAAAUUCAGUACUCUGAAAGAUACACAGACGAUGUCUAUGAGUACAGGCAUGUUAUCCUGCCACCGGACAUAGCGCGCUUAGUGCCCAAGUCCCAUCUUAUGACGGAGACAGAGUGGCGGAAUCUGGGCGUCCAGCAGAGCCCUGGUUGGCUACACUUCAUGGUGCACAAUCCGGAGCCCCACGUGCUGCUCUUCCGAAGGCCACGGUCUGACAUCGCUCCUGUUAACGGUUUGGAUAUGAAAGCUAAUUCUGCAGUUCAAGUUUGAUUUCAAAUGAUGUAGAAAAUGUUAUUAUUAGAAUAUCUGAGAUAAUAUUUAUGUAUCCGCAAGUUUCGGACCGGCCGUUAGUCUUUUACCAUUGCAACAGUAGUAUAGAAUUUUAAUAUUUUUUCUUAAUUUUUUAUCUAUCAUUUCAGUUACAUUCAAGGAACACGACAUACAUACAAUUGAUAACAUAGGAUCCUAUCUAUAGAUAAAAAAAAACAUAUUGGUACCAGCUUUGAAAUAUAGUUAUUGGCUAUUGAGAGCAGAGAUAGAUUUUUUAAUAUGCUCAAUUAAUGAUUUAGCUUUUUAGAAAGUAAACCCCUUUCUUUCUGUAGUCUCUUUAAAUGAUUUGGGUGGAUUUUCAUUGAACUUUUUGGAGAUGUAAUAGGAUUCUCAUUUCAGAUAACAUUACUGCUGAGACCUAUGUCUAGUCAAUUGUAUGUAUGUGGUAUUUUGCAGUUGAUAGGAUGUAUUAUUUUAUUAUAACUAAAGGGUAUAGAAGAAUAGAAUAUUACCAUUUGUGGCUUGUAUAAUUUGCAUAUAACAUCUUAGUAAAAUGCAUUUAGUUCUUGUUAUGUUUAGUCAACGUUUCUGUGCCAAAAGCUCGUUCCUGAAAAUGUGUUUAUUGCAAAUUGUACACGUUGACCUUAUAUGAUGUAGACUAUAUUUCACCUUGUAACAUGUUGCUCAAAAUUAUUAACAAAUAUGUGUGUCAACUAUUGCCAGGUGAAUAUCGAUGGAAAGUAUGUUCAUUUUUAAAAAUAAAUGUAAGCAAACAAUAUUACAUAUUAAUAUUUAUUUGUAAUUCUUGAGAAGGUAGGUUUUUUUUAAGUAUAGUUUGCCUGAUUUCAAAUCAGUGGCCUUCUUUUUUUCAAUAUUUGUCGAAGCAGUCUACCUGAUCUCUUUAUCACUUUCUGGGAAGAGGUUUAGUCAAAGAAUUGUCAUAACAUCUCAAAAAUAUUGAUAAAUCUUACUUAAAUUGACACUUUAAGCAAGUCUGCAUAUCUAUGCUCAAUUAUUUUUUAUUUCAACAUCAUUUGCACUAUCUUUAUAGGCAAGACUUAAUCUAAUGUGAUAACAUUAUCUAAUUCUACAUAUUUAAUUAAUAACCUUCAUAGGCUUCAUCUAAUGAUGUUAGAUUAUGAUUAUUUGUGUGUAUUUUUUAAUGGACACUGCAAUAAUCCUACUAAUACAUAUACUACAAUAAUACUCCAUCCCACUUAACAUCAGGUGCAAUUGUGGUCAAAUAACUGCCUUGUUAUGCAUAAAAAAUAUUAUCAAGGCGAAUACACUAUGUUUUGGGUUGCUUACAUUUUAGGCUGUUUAAAAAUGAACAUACUUUCAUUUAGAAAAUGUUGUUCUUAUAUUGUCUUGUCUAUGGGCUCUUUUCUAGAUACAUCCUAUCUUCAAAAUUAAGUCGGUGCAUUGUUAUGGUUCAGUGGUCUAAGAAAAUAUUUAAUAAUGACUAUUUCAGGCAUUACUAUUUUUGGAAAUAUUAAUUUUAUUGUGUCAAAUAGAUACAUGAUAAGGGGAAACUAAAGUUUCACCCGUGUCUAUACAUUGCCAGGAAAAAAUAUGGUACUAAAUUUACAUUUUCUCAUUCCUUUUCAUUCAAAUGAGAUGAAAGGAACUGACUUAAUUUCGGAGAAGGUGAUCAUCUUGGGACGGAGCCAUAUUAUAUUAUAUAUCUUUAGAAUAUUUAAGUAUAAUAUCUUGAAGCAUAAAGUUGCUUUGCAUUUACCAAUAAAAUUAUAUAUUAGGUAUGCAUUGAUAUAAUAUUUGUGAUAAGAGUAAGUUAUGUUGUUUGUAGCCAAGAGGACUGAAUGUGACAACUAUAUAAAAUGAGCUGUGUUCAAAAUUAUAUUAUGUGCCUUCUCUGAACAUGGCUGCAUUGUUAGCAAUUUAAUUACUAAUUAUUAAUGUUAAUAAACCUGAAAUUAAUUA